GCUGAGCAGCACAGGACCAAACACAGUCUCACUGAGUCAGUAGACAUGAAGGAUGGGAAUCUUGAUCUGCUGCUAGUCAAAGAGGAGACAAUAGAAGAUGGACCAGAGAGCAUUGACCUGAGUGGACUAAAGAUGGGGGAGCAAGGUGGUUGGCUGGAGGCUAACAGGGGAGACUGGGUGGCCAUCUUGGAAUCCCAGAACCAGACGGGUGCAACCAAGGGCCCAGGGGACAUCACUGAGAAGGCCAGGACCAGAGGCGACAUAGUGGAGUCUGCAGUCCAUGAAGACCUGCAGAUAUCAGGUGUUACUGGCGGGAGAGACUGGACCUCUGAGGCGGCUGGACACAAACCUUGGCCUCAGAUCAGGAUAGUGGAUCAGGAGCUGUCACGCUUCCUUCCCAAGUCGGAACCAGGACCCAACCAUGAAGGAAAGAGACUCCACCACUACACAGAACACAACCAGUGGACAGGGGGACUGAACACCCUCAGUCCUGGUGGUCAUCAGAGAGACAGAGGCUCCAAUCAGGGAUCCAGUCUGCAGCCCAGACCCUUCUCUUCACAGUCUCAGUUCAGGGAUGAAGCAGGACCUGGGGCUGAUAGAGACAUACCCUCCUGUUCCUAUGAUACAAACACCACAGUAUCCAUGAUGAACAAAGCAGGUCACCCUGGGCUUCAGCCUUCACAGAGGGUGGUGGGCGACCCCCCUGGGGGUUGUCUUUCAGGAAGUCUGUCUUCUUCAGGGUCUCGUCUAAUGCCUGGUGACUGGGUUCAUAGAAGUCCUGGACCUGGGUCUAGCCUUCCUCAGUUACCUCAUGGUUACCCCACCAAUACAGACAGGGUAAGGAUGGGCGUUCACCACGAGAUGUACCUUGCUUAUAACACAGCACACAAUCCCAACAACACCCAAACAAUGACAAGAGGUCAAGGAGGGAGCUCAAAGACUAACCACCUGAGGGCGGUGGCUCCUGCUUCUACCUCCUCUGGUGUCAUUGGGAGGCUGAGCUUUAGGACAGACGCAGACAAGCCGUACGCCUGCCCCACGUGUGGGAAGCGCUUUACUGAGGCGACCUAUGUGAAGAAGCACCAGACCGUUCACACCAAGGAGAGGCCCUUCAAGUGCAAACUAUGUCACAAGAGCUUCUCCUUCCUGACUAACCUUACCAGACAUAGGAGUGUCCACAAAGGAGAGAAAUCGUAGCAGUGUGGCUUGAGUUUUACACAGGGGAUAUCUGGGAACCAUUCUUUAGCUGACAUGACCAAAAGUAUGUGGACACCUGCUCGUCGAACAUCUCAUUCCAAAAUCAUGGGCAUUAAUAUUGGUAUC